UCUGGCUUUUAAACCCAGGAGGAUGUCCCUAAGUGACGAGCUGGAGAGCCACUUCUCCGCCACCCCCUACAUGGUGACAGACACAAGUGAGGACAGCGUGUUCAGAAUCAGGCCCAACGUCUCCGCCAAUGCCACCGGGGACGGCGUGUGGGCCGCCGGCUCCACGGAGGACAUGAUUGCCAUCUGCACCAUCGGGGCCAUCCUGUCGCUCAUGUGCGUGGUCGGGGUGACAGGCAACGUCUACACCCUGCUGGUGAUGUGCCACUACCUGCGAUCCUCUGCCUCCAUGUACAUCUACAUCAUCAACCUGGCGCUGGCCGACCUGCUCUACCUCCUCACCAUCCCCUUCAUCGUCGGGACCUACUUCAUUCAGAAGUGGCACUUUGGGGACAUUGGCUGUCGCAUCCUGUUCAGCCUGGACUUCCUCACCAUGCACGCCAGCAUCUUCACGCUCACAGUCAUGAGCACAGAGCGCUACUUUGCCGUGCUGAAGCCCCUGGACACGGUGAAGAGGUCCAAGAGCUACCGCAAGGCCAUUGCUGUGGUGAUCUGGCUGGUGUCACUGCUGCUCACCCUCCCCAUGCUCAUCAUGAUCCAGCUGGUGCAAAGGGACAACAAAAGCAUCUGCCUGCCCACCUGGAGCAAGCUGUCCUACAAAGUCUAUCUCACCAUCCUCUUUGGCACCAGCAUCGUGGGCCCGGGGGUGGUCAUUGGCUACCUUUACAUCCGCCUGGCUAAGAUUUACUGGGUGUCCCAGACUGCUUCCUUCAAGCAGACCAAGAGGCUGCCCAACCAGAAGGUGCUCUAUUUAAUCUUCACCAUAGUGCUGGUCUUCUGGGCUUGCUUCUUGCCUUUCUGGAUAUGGCAGCUCCUCUUCCAGUAUUAUGAAUCCUUCCCUUUAUCUCCCAAGGUGAUGAAGAACAUUAAUUACCUGACAACCUGCCUGACCUACAGCAACAGCUGCAUCAACCCAUUCCUCUACACCCUGCUCACCAAAAACUACCGGGAGUACCUGAAGAACAGGCAGCGGUCCCUCAGCAGCAGCAGUGGGUACUUCCAGAGGAGGAAUCGUUUUCAGAGGAUUUCAGGGAGAUCCCUGUCCACGAGCAGCCAGCACUGCACAGAGACUUACGUCCUUGCUCACGCUCCUUUGGGAAACAGCAGUGCCUGAAGGUAAAAUCUAUCUCCAAGAACAAUCAAUACUGACUUCAAUGUUGCUUUGAUUUAAAGUUGUGCAGGCAAAGCCCUGGCAGACCCAGAAUGUGCACACAUUUAGUCCAGAGGCUGUGCCGUGUGUCUGUUCUCAUUUCUCCAGUGCCAUUGAUUUGAUGCUAGCAGCACUCAGCUGAACAUCUAUCUAAAUAGCCUUUCACUUUUUAUCUUUAUAUUUUGUAGUGUAUGUCUCCUCAAGUAGCCAUCAAUAAUGAAAGCCCAUAACAGGGCCAUGAUUUUUAAUAGUAUCAGCUGUCUCACAACGUUUAAAAUUAUGUUACCCCAUGAAUGGCUGUAGCUUGCUCUUUUUUUUCUUUAGCAGUAGUGCUAAAUUUAUAGUUGUAUGAGGACU